AUGACCAACAAUUCCAUGGCAAUCUCAACCUCUCAGAACUCCGUCUCCUUCGACUUAGACUUGACAUCCUCUUGGCUCAACCACACUAGCUCCUCCUCCCAGUGCCCUCGUUGUCCACCAUCACCAGCUACAAACCAACCACUAGAGAAUCUCCCUCUUACAAACCCACCCACCAAGAAGCCACAUGGCAGGCCCGCAGGCUCCAAGAACAAGCCCAAGAUCACCCCCUUCCUGGUGGCCCAACCUGUGGAACCCUGCAUGAAGGUCAUCAUUGUCAAUGUGACCCCGAGCAGCGAUAUCAUUGAGUCCAUUCUUGAUGUUGCUCAUCGAGGCCAUGUUAGCCUCACUGUCCUUAGUGCCUCUGGAACGAUCACCGGAGUAACCCUCAACAACUCUUCGCAUGGUGUUGAUGCCCUCACACUUCGCGGGCCCUUCACCUUGCUCUCCCUCAAUGGCUCAUACUUAUACAACAACCACUACGCCCUUCACCCUGGAGCCACCCCUGCCCCUCCCUUAUCAUUUGGGAUCAGCUUUUCCACCUCUCAAGGGCAAGUCUUUGGCGGUGCCAUUGGUGGUAGAGUCAUUGCCGAUAAUGAUGUCAGCCUUACAAUUUGCACCUUCAAGAACCCUGUGAUGUACAAGUAUGCUUCUAGAGACAAAGAAAGGGACAGGGGUGACAAUGAUAACAACAACAAUUAUAACAAUAACUAUAGCUUUUAA